AUGGCCCAAGAAUGGCUGUUUUCGCAAGAUGUCUCUAUUCCUUGGGUUUUGAUGCGCGUGCUAGCGCUUGAGGGCUUAGGGGUCUGCGCAAAAGAAGUCUUCUCGGGAAAUGUUGAGAAGAUAUUCACGAGCAUGAGCUCUAUCGAAUGGCCUGUUCUCCUUAUCUCAUCUUUGGUCCUUUGUUGUCAACACGGAAGUCUAUUCGUGGUGGUAUCUAAAUUACCCUCAACACGGGCGAUCAUCUUCACUCGAUUCUCCGCAACCUGGAUCUAUACGCUAACAAGCCCUUCAUCAGUUCAGUUCGUCUAUUCUACAGCCGUUGUCCUUGCUGUGGGGAUCUCAUUUGCUUCUGACGCAAAGUUCUCGAUUGACAAUGUUCGGGGGACCCUCCCUGGCUACUUGGCGCUCAUGCUUCAUGCUAUAUCGGCCUCAGGUCUACAGUAUUUGCACAACAACUUCACAACCAAACGAGGCUCGACAUUUGCUCCAACUGUCUUGGGUGCUUCUGUUAUCUGCCUUGUCUUGUAUUCGACGCGAGAGCUGGUGGUCACUGUCACACCCACGCCAAUCGUCCCACUAUUGUCUCUCACAAUCAUACCUCUUCUGUCAUAUACCUCAUUGCCAACACGAAAACUUUCUGAUACUUCUAGUGGAUCGCCCGAGUAUUUCCUCGCCUCAUAUACAUCGACAUGUCUCCUGACCGUGGUCUUUGGAGUUCUAUUAUUCUCACAAUCCCCCACUUUGGUUGAUUAUCUGGUCGGCGGGUUAAUGCUCUAUGGAAUCUUCCCUCGCAAGUCGCAGCCCAUAGACGGAAUCGUUCCAACCCCCACUUCUCGUGUCAUACGCUCAUAUAUGAAGGCGAUCAUGGAGAAUGCAGAGUCGAGGAAAAUAUUCUACUUUCUCAUGCUCAAUCUUUCCUAUAUGCUUGUCCAAAUGGUGUAUGGGAUAUGGACUAAUAGCUUGGGCUUAAUAUCUGACGCUAUCCACAUGGGAUUCGACUGUAUGGCUAUUGGAGUUGGACUUCUGGCAUCCGUUAUGGCUACAUGGCCUCCUAAUGAGCAAUUCACAUAUGGCUAUGCGCGGAUCGAGACCUUGUCUGGCUUUGCAAACGGCAUCUUCCUCAUCUUGAUCUCGAUCUUCAUUAUCUUCGAGGCCAUUCAACGUCUCCUUGAUCCUCCUCCCAUGAACACGAACCAGCUCUUGCUAGUCAGCAGCUUGGGCUUGUGCGUUAAUCUGUUCGGAAUGUUUGCUAUGGGUGGCCAUCAUCAUGGGCAUGGACAUGAUCACUCGCAUGAUCACGGGCAUGAUCACAGAAUUUCUCAUUCCGACCACAAGAGUCAAUCUCAUGAUCACUCUCAUCCUCAUCGCCAUGAACAAAGUGAUAGUGGUCAUUUCCAUCAUCACGACCACGAUCAUGACCAUGGCCACGAGCAGGACCACGAUUAUGAACAUUCGCACUCGCGUAGCUCCAUCGAGGACUCGAGCAGAAGUUGCAUAAUAGAGGAACAUUCCGCUGAUGAUUAUGUGCAUCAUUCUCACCAUACAAAACGGCAUUCAAGGGGGUCAUCUUUACGAAUCGACGCCGAUAAGAGCAACCUCAUAGGCGUAGACCGUCCUAUUAUGUUGGCUCGAUUAAGCGAUGCGCCAGACUCGAUUCUGUCACCAAUAACUCCGAGUUAUCGCUUUGGCCAUGAUGAGCACUUCGCAGCUCACCAUCAGUCCCACCACAUGCCAAACCUUCACGAUCACUCGCAUACGCACGCCCAUCCUCAUGAGGGUCAUAGUCACAAUAUGCGUGGCGUAUUCUUACAUGUCAUGGCGGAUACACUGGGGUCUGUUGGAGUUAUUGUGUCGACACUCUUGAUACAGCUCUACGGCUGGACCGGAUUCGAUCCCAUAGCGUCGCUGUUCAUUGCUGUUCUCAUCGCUGCCAGCGUCAUUCCUCUUGUGAUUGAUACAGGAAAGGUCCUCUCCUUGGAUGUCUCUAACCGCGAUAUCGAUAUUCAAGGAGCUUUGGCAGAUCUUUCGUCCGUUGAGGGCCUCUCAUCGUACAGCUCCCCCCAUUUUUGGCCGAAAGACGCCUCUAGUCUUAUUGGAUCAAUUCAUGUCCAGUUCUCCCCCCCAUCAUUCAGCUCAUCGGGUAGCUAUGCCCACACCAAACUGGACCGAGUAGUUGAGCGCGUAGACGCCUUGCUGCGAAGCAAGGUACAUGGAUUGGACGAAUUAACUAUUCAAGUUGAUGAAGCAGAAUCAAGGCUUUGA